AGUUCUGGCGGUGUUCUCCCAUCUUCAACCAUCAUCACUACCAACCCCAGCAAAUCCCUGGUCGCUUCGCGCCAGCCACGACGAAGAAGAAUCUUACGCAGGAGCAUGGUGUCGCUGAUCGCGGAGUGCUGAAUCGUUUUGACCGUGCCGAGUCGUCCCCCGAGCGUGCCCUUGCAUCCUGCAUUUCGCCCUCGACACCCGAUUGCAAAGAAGCCGGUCACGAUUGCACGUUCCGUCACUCCUUUGUGCGCGCACAGUCUACGGCACCUACCCCCCAUUAUAAUUGUUACGAACGCAUGCAUAAUAUGGGCGCGUCCUCGGACAUGUCCACAUGCUGGCAUGAAAACGAUGCGUCGAACUCCCCAUCUUCCUGGCCGCCUUCAACGCGCUUACCGCGCUUGAAGAUCGGAAGCGCUCUGCCGCCCUCCUCCCUCGGCUUCUCCUACUCUGCCACCUUCCCGGAAUCCCGCUUCAAGAGCCCUGUCGACGCAGAAUACCCCUUUGACCAGUCUUUGGACAAUCCAAUCUCUAGUCCGGAGGGAAACUUCUCUGAACUGGGCCUGUCGGAUUCGGAAGCGCCUGAGCUGAUAGAGGACGAUGGCGAGUCGCCGCCGUACAAUCCACAGCUGCUGUCGCCCGUAUCUCCCGAACUGUCGCCAGAAUGGAGUCCGCGACGCAUUGCGGGAGCAUCCGACGCGGAAGGAGAUGGGGAACCAUCGUCGAAGGCCAUGCUACUCUCCAGCGGCCACUCGCGCUCUCCGUACGCCUAUGGCACCUACGAGGCGCGCCGCGACGUCCCCAUAUACGAUUACGAUCCUCAUGAUCAUGCCCGCGAGCAUCCUCUUCCGGGCUACGAUGACCAGUACGCUUACUACCAACCGCACUUGCAGCCGCUGUCUUCCGAUCUGUUCGGAGGCGCAGACGAUAUCUUCCCUCCCUGGUCGGACGUGCCGCCAGAAUCCCCGGCCUUACGCUCGACGGCAUCGCUGCCAGAGCUCGAGUUCGACGACGAUGAGCACGACAACAGUGGCAGCGAUCCGCCGCCCUCCCCAGCUCGAUCACUCAUAUCCCUUCCUGACUCCGAUGCACACGAUGACUUGCCAUUUUCCGACGAACUACUAUCGCUGUCGCUCGACAAGGCGAUUGCGGAAGGUCCGACGUCGCCAUCUCCGCGGAGUGAAGGUCUCCUCCUCCUAGAUGAUGCGCCCGAGGACCAGUCGCGCUCUCCUUCGCCGGAGGGACCGAUGUACCUUCCGCUACCUGACGAGUACGGCGACGCGGACAGCUUAGACCCGGAGCUUCGUCGUCUGUGCGACGUCCAGCGGAGGGCUCAAGCCGCCGAAUGGGAAGGCCGACAGAAGGAGGCGGUGCUGCUGAAUCAAGGUCUCCUACAAGCGCGCGCGGAAGUCAAGCGUCAGAGGAAGAAGGACAAGGAGCGCGCGCGCGAGGCAGCUGCGCUCAUCCGGCUGAAGCUCGCGUCGGGCGCGGCCAGCGACGUUGAGGUCCCCUCCCCACCGCCACCGAGUUCGAAGAAGGCUGCCGCCAGCAGCGUUUCCCAGCUCGUCGCCCGCAUGCUGCUCCGCCGCCACGACACGACGCGGCCCAUCUCGCAGCGCCGCUCGCAGGCCGCGCACGUCCCGUCCCCACUCGCCCCACGGACUACGGACGCGGCGUCAUGCCCCAGCCACAUAGAGUCGCUGCCGCUGACGCUGCGUCUGCUGGACAGUUGACUGCGUAGCAUCAGACUAUACAAUGCGUUUGUUCUCUCCACAUUUCUUGCUGUGUCCGCCUGCCUCUCAGGUUCCUUUUUCUCCUUCCUCUUUUCUUCUUCGCCAGCUCUCGAGUAACCCCCGAUUUGCGGUACCCAAUUUUUUGACCAGUUCUCUUCGCCUUCUUCGUCUGUAUAUAUUCUACUAACCCAUUUCUGUUUCUUCAACUGACCCCUUCCAUGCUUCUGCCUGUUCAUUUGCCUCCUGCUUUGACCCGUACGCUACUGUUUGCUAUCAGGCUUUCGCGGGGGUGGACGAUGGGCUGGGCUUUUCCUUUCUGUACCAUACUUGAGAAAACGGAGGAUGCCUUGGUAAUUGGGGUAUCUGGCUUGCGUAAAUCGUUGUAGCAUUGCUAUUCUGCCUGGCUGCUGAUAUGUACAAGGUCUGCUGCUAUAUAUUGUGCGCGUCUCGUAGA